AUGAUGUCCAGGGUCCUCGCAGCGUUCGUGGCAGCCGCUGUUGUACUUGUAGGCAAGGACGUGUAUAUGCUCGCACGGAUUCUUCUACAUCCCUACUUCUCUCCCUUGCAAGUGGUCAACGGGCCUCCCGAUCCUGUAACCGACUACGAUGCUGUGCUGAAGGAAGACCCUCUGGUUAUGGAGCGCUGGGCCCAACAAUACGGACCCAUCUACCGUUAUGCGGCCCAACUCAAGAUCCCAACUCUCGCCAUUACGGAUGCGCGGGCGAUAGCUCAUGUAUUAGGUCACCCUGACCUAUACCAGAAGCCGCAGGUACUGCAAAGAGCUCUCAGGUUUCUCCUCGGUGCUGGGAUGCUGACGGUUGAAGGGAAUGAACAUAGGAGACAGCGGCGGGUCAUGAGCCCUGCGUUUGGGAAUGCUCAGAUGCGCGACCUAACCCACAUCUUUCUUGAGAGGACGGAGCAGCUCAGACAGGUCUGGCUUGCUUUGACAGCCGAGAAUGGAUCGAACGAAGUGACGAUAGAGGUUGUGAAAUAUCUCACGAAGACAACGCUCGAUGUAAUUGGGCUGGCAGGUUUUGACUACGAAUUCAACGCUCUAUCGGCCGACAAGACCGCUAACGAACUUGGUGAUGCCGUCUGGGCCAUAGUGAACCAGCCUCAGCCUAGCGUACUCGACAUCAUGCAGAUCAUCUUUCCGGUUCUACGCUUCAUCCCGACCGUCAAUUCGAGGAAGCUCCAGCAGGCGAACGCAGUACUUCAUCGCGUGGGCUCGCAGAUGGUAGCGGAGAAAAAGUCCGAAGUACUGGCGGUCGCAGGAUCAUCCGUGGACAAGGCUGCUUUUCAAAGCAAGGACAUCCUAGGGUUGCUCGUGCGAGCGAAUAUGGCAAGCGACCUUCCAGAGUCGAGCCGCAUGAGCGACACAGAGAUUGUAGCGCAGAUCCCCACGCUUCUUGCAGCUGGACAUGAGACGACUUCCACGAUGAUGAGUUGGGCUCUGUACGCGCUCUCAGUCAACCCGCAUGUCCAGGAUAAGCUGCGCGCCGAGUUGCAAGCAGGUUACGACGACACGGGCGAUUCGCCCAGUAUGGAGCAAUUACACGCGUUCACGUAUCUUGACGCCGUCAUUCGUGAGACUUUGCGCAUGUGGCCACCACUGCCUUUCUUGUCCCGUGAAGCGCUCAAGACGGACGUGAUACCCACGGAGAGGCCAUGGACGGACAAGAAGGGUGUAGUACACGACGGUAUCCGGGUUACCCAAGGCGAUGCUAUAGCUGUGCCUGUCAUUGCUAUGAAUCGCUCAACAGACAUCUGGGGUCCUGACGCCGGCGAAUUCAGACCCGAGCGCUGGCUUCUCCAGGACGCCCUCCCACCCCCGCAUUUCCAGCACGUGCCCCUCCCAGGCCUUCUGUCAUUCUCCGCCGGCCCUCGUGCAUGCAUCGGGUGGCGACUGGCAUACGUGGAAAUGAAAGCUAUGCUCUACGUGCUGCUUCGAUCGUUCCGCUUCGAGCUGUCCACCCGACCUGAGGACAUGACCAUGCAAGCGGGACUGAUCCUCCGCCCAUACGUGCUCUCAGAGCUGGAGAAGGGACCACAGUUACCUCUCAUUGUCCAUGCAUUGUAA